AAAUUAACUUCCGCCGGAAAUAACCUUCCUUUCCUUUCAGCGGCGCUAGGCAAGAUGGCGGCACAAAUAUCCAAGAAGAGGAAGUUUGUUGCAGAUGGUAUCUUCAAGGCCGAGCUUAAUGAGUUCUUAACUCGUGAAUUGGCUGAAGAUGGUUACUCUGGAGUGGAAGUGCGUGUCACGCCAACCAGAACCGAGAUCAUCAUCCUUGCUACCAGAACCCAAAAUGUGCUUGGUGAGAAAGGCCGCCGCAUCCGUGAACUGACCGCUGUAGUCCAGAAGAGGUUUGGCUUCCCUGAAGGCAGUGUUGAAUUAUAUGCUGAGAAAGUUGCCACCAGAGGACUUUGUGCAAUUGCACAAGCAGAAUCCCUUCGCUAUAAGCUGCUGGGAGGCCUUGCAGUGCGCAGAGCCUGCUAUGGUGUUCUCCGAUUCAUCAUGGAGAGUGGGGCGAAGGGCUGCGAAGUGGUGGUUUCUGGGAAGCUUCGGGGUCAGAGAGCCAAGUCCAUGAAAUUUGUUGAUGGCCUGAUGAUCCACAGUGGUGACCCAGUUAAUUACUAUGUUGAUACUGCUGUGCGCCAUGUUCUUCUUAGGCAAGGUGUACUGGGUAUUAAGGUAAAGAUCAUGCUUCCUUGGGAUCCAAGUGGCAAGAUGGGUCCUAAGAAACCUCUUCCAGACCAUGUCAGCAUUGUUGAGCCAAAGGAAGAGGUCCUUCCCACUACCCCAAUUUCAGAACAGAAGGGAGCAAAGGCAGAAGUACCUGCCAUGCCUCAAGGAGGUCCUGUUCCCACUGCAUAAAGGGUAUUCAGCAGUUCCAAGAUGAUGUCCCUAAGAAUAUUCUGUAUAAAAUAAAGUUCAUGAAAGAA